AUGCCAUCUUCUGACUCUCUCCGGGGCUGUGUUGUCCGUGUGAAGGUGCCAGUUCUUGUGGGCACGCAAAGUGUUGUUAGAACAGUCUCUGCUCGAGUUCUUAUUGACUUGUCAACACGUUUUAUUGUGCUAACAGAAGCAGAAUACACGGAAGGGAAGCCGAUGCUGUUCUCCGUUGAAGAGGAGCGCACGUCGUUGGCCACCCAGAAGGUGGAGAGCGCGGCCAUGUCGAAGGCGGAAUGUGUCUCGAUGCUUGCCGCCUUCCUUGCCACCAAACCUGAUGUCGACUUGGUUGGCGUGUACUUUCCUUUCAUGGAUUAUGUGCGUCAGGGAGAGCUUUACGGAGAGACCCACCAGGCCAUUGUCCUUUACAAUGCAGAAGAAGAAGGGACAGCCGUGAUGUUGGCGAAUUUCCUUAAUGGAUAUCACGUUGAGCGGAGCGAUCGAAUUCCACUUCAACCCAACCAUUUCAUGUUGGGUGGGCAGGUUGCUCACAAUCCACCCGUCUCGUCAGGUGAUGUUGAUGUCGUCAAGCUCUUCUCUCUUCCUGUACUUGAUGGUUCUGGGAAUGACACAUAUUGGGAUUGGAAGAUGAACAAGCGGGUUUUGAAAUUGCGUAAUGGACACGGCGUCCGUGAUGCGAUUGUGCAGCGCCUUUUGGCUCUGGCUGAAUCGGAUCCUUUGGAAUAUGUUGAAGUUGAUCGUGAAAAGGUGGGCAGAGUUCGGGCUUCUCAAGUGCUCAUUCAACGCCGCGAUGGCGAAUGCAGGCGUGUUCAUCGUGUUGUUAUUAUGCAAUCAGGCGUCUAA